AUGUCGGGUCGACUCGAGGGCUACAUAACGGGUGGACUCAUUCGUAUGCAUUAUCUUAACACAAUCGACGGAUUUUGCGGUCAACGUAAACAGUUUUGCGAUGCGUUCAAGACUUUCCAUAAGACAAACACCGCUUUCAUCAAUACUAAUAUCAAAAGUCAUUCAAACGACAACUAUUGGCACCAAAUGGCACUCAUUUAUGAUCAGAUCCAGGGCUUAGAGGCCGGGUAUGAGGACUGGAAGACUGACAAUAACGUCACUCAACAAUCUAAUGAAACAAAUGUGAUGAAUGAAAUCUGGUGGUUAAACCUGAUGUUUGAAACAUCUGAGCUAGAGGCAAUACUCACGCCUAACUUAACCACAAUACCGCAUCAAGAUCAUUGUUCAGCCAUGGUCAAAAUAUUGCCCGAUGGCAGUGAUCUAUACGUUGCUCACAACUCAUGGUUUCCUUAUAACAUAAUGCUCAGGGUAUUGAAACAGUAUAGUUUUGCAUUCAAUAGCCUGACAACAGGCACUUUAAUACCGGGUCAUUCUGUAUCGAUGUCCUCCUAUCCGGGGUUCAUCUUCUCCGGUGACGACUACUACGUCCUGUCCUCUGGACUCGUAGUCCAGGAGACGACUAAUGAAAAUUUUAACAAAUCUCUGUACGCAAGCGUACGGCCCGAUCGGGUGGUCUUAGAGUUUGUCCGCAAUGUUGUGGCCAAUCGGUUGGCCAGUGGGGGCCGGCAGUGGACCGACAUAUUUGGCCGCUAUAACAGCGGAACCUAUAACAACCAGUUUAUGAUUGUUGACUAUAAACUAUUCACCAAGGGCACACCAGUCCAUUCACUGCCAGAUAAUCUACUCUGGGUAUGCGAACAAAUGCCCGGCACUAUGACCGCGGCUGACGUGACCAAGGUGCUCCGUGAUACCACUUAUUGGGGUUCGUAUAAUGUACCGUAUUUUAAAAACAUAUACGACAUGAGCGGUACGGCUGAUAUGGCGGCCAAAUCCACGUUUUUUAGUCACAACGAGACCGCGCGGGCACUUAUAUUCAAACGUGAUCACACCAAUGUGACCGAGUUUAAUUCGCUGUAUUCAUUAAUGCGCUACAACGAUUUUAAGCAUGAUCCAUUGUCAAAAUGUGAUCAUUAUCAACAAAAAUGUCAUCACGGGUAUUCUGGUUUGCUUACCAUAGCAGCCAGGUGCGAUUUGAAGUCGCCCACUGGCAACUACUCUCAGUAUUUUGGACAUGCAUAUUUCGGUGCUAUUGAUGCCAAAAUGACCAACAAGGAAAUAGCCGCGAGGUUAGAGAUGUUGGCCGUGAGUGGGCCCACACAUCGCAAUCACCCGCCGUUUCGCUGGUCGACCAGUGGUGCCGGCGCUUAUGUGCGCCAUAUGGGUCAGCCCGAUGUGUUUGAUUUUAAACCCAUUUAUACCAAGUGGUACCCACACAAGUGGAUUAUUGCCGAUGAUAUUACUGAUGGUUAA